AAAGCGCCCUCCCUGUCGUCCUUUAUUACCCAACUUUCAUACCUCAACUCAUCUCCAAAUAUACAUUUUAAUCUUCCCAAAAUCCACAAAUCCAACCUAAAUCUUUCUUUUACCACACCUGUCAUUCAACUAUAAAUAUCUAAAUCCAAUAUGGCUUCACAACCACCACCUAACGGUCCCGGUCGCGGUGUAAGUCAACUAUAUCCUACGCCUCCAGUCCUUGGCAGGGGAUCACAAGCACCUCCUGCUGAUACACCUGCACCUGGUGUAAGCCAGCUUUAUCCAUCCAUCGGUGCUUCUCAUGCCCAGACUCUCAAAGCUCCUUCUAAAGCACCAUCUGUAAGUGCUUCAAGUCAGUCUCGCCAGCCAUCAGUUAGACCUUCUCAGGUUCAUCCUCAGCUAGCAUCCAUACGAGCCUCUCAAGCGCCCUCUCAUCAACCAUCUGUUAAACCUUCUCAUGCCGCUACUCUUAGAGGUCCGUCUCAAGCUCCAUCUCGCCAACCAUCUAUCAAACCUCCUUAUGCCGCGACUCUUAGAGGUCCGUCUCAAGCCCCAGUCCCUCAAACAUCAACUCGUGUCGCAAGCCAAUAUCAUACCACUUCUUCUCGAAUGCCAAAUGGCGAACCCUCCAUGAUGGCAAAUAGCUGUGCCACAGAGCUUAAGCGUGAUGUUCCCCAGCUACCAACAAUUAUGUUGCAAGCUCCAUCUGAUCACAAGACAUUAAGCCAACGCGACACCACCAUCAUCACUCAAUCCACACUCCUCCAGCGCGAUGCAUAUAAAAUGCCAUCCUCCACACCAACUACAAAAGAAGCCAGCAAAGCCCCCACCAUCACGCCCUCCAAAAAAUUCCAAAAUCUCCCCAGCGUCCGGAGUAUCCUCCACUCACCAACCGAUAUACAAAUGGCCAGUCGACAAAGCACGAUCAACAAAAUGAAAGGAGCGGAGCGCAAAGCCCAAGACAACUGGGCCUUGGGCAAACUCGGAAAAUUGGAUACGGGAUGUCCGCAGAAUUAUGGAUGGUCUCGUCGAAGCGAUGGUUAUAUUUGUGAUGGGGGUAGUCACUAUAUUACGGAUUUAUUGUUGGUUGAAGGUAUGGGUGGCAUGUUUGUGGUGAAGGAUAAAAAUCAUUGGCAGGAUCGGAGUCAGGGGCCUUAUUAUUGGGCCGGGAAGAAUGAUCAGGGUAAGAAUCUUUUUAUGAAGGUUACAGAUCAUAAAAUGGGAUAGGGAUGGGAUUGGAAUUUUUUUGGGUGGGUAUAGCUUAGGCUGAGGUCUUAGAAUGGUUGGGGUUGCAUUGGGAUAAUCGAUGUUUUACUAGGUACCUAUAGUUCUACUGCUGAAGUGAUAUGUGAUGAAA